GCCCCCGCCCCGCUGCCCCCUCCCGGCGUGCUAGCCCCGGAGGCCGAGUCCGCGCUCCCGCCUCCUCCCCCACCGGGACCCUCUCCCCUCCCCGCCCUCGCCCCCUCCCCUCGCCGCCGCCUCCCUCUCGCGCCUCCUCCCUCCCCGGCGGCCGGCGGGCCAGAGACAGAGGUGCUGCGAGGAGGCGUCGCGGGAAGCCCCGGCUUGGGGAGGCUGCGGGCGCGCGGUCGGGGCCGCCGCGCCGGGGCCGGUAAAUUGGGAAGCAGACUCUUGAGUUCACAGUUGGCCUGUGGUUUUUGCAUCUCGUUAAAGAGCACCUCUUCAUACAGGGAUCCUGUUUAUGCAGAGUGGCCCGGGAUAAAGAAGUAGCCAUUGUGCUGGAUGAAGAAUAACAAAUGGUGGCAUUUUUCUGAAGUUGUUCAUUGAGACUUCCCAGCAUUCCUGCAGAUAUAAUAGGUGAGGCCGGCCGGCGCGGGACGACAUGGCAGCAUGACAGCCCGGGACGGCGCCGCCGGAGGCCGCGAGAACGGAGCCCGCGGCUGCGGGGGGGAACGCCCGGGGCGGCCACGUCCUUCCGAGGCCGCCUGAGCGCGUCCCCAGCGGCCUGCUGGGCUCGCUGUGAUUAUUAACCCCGUGGACGCCUGGCUCUUUCUCCGCCUUGAGCAUCAAUAUGUGUCAUGUCAUUGUCACCUGUCGCUCGAUGCUCUGGACCCUCCUGAGUAUUGUGGUGGCGUUCGCCGAGCUCAUCGCCUUCAUGAGCGCCGACUGGCUGAUUGGAAAAGCCAAGACUGCGGGCAGUGCCGAGCCGGCCGAGCAGGGCUCCCCGGGGCCCCACCACCCCACCCUGGGCAUCUACGCGCGCUGCAUCCGCAACCCCGGGGUGCAGCACGUCCCGCGGGAGACGCUGUGCGGGCCCUACGCCGAGAGCUUCGGCGAGAUCGCCAGCGGCUUCUGGCAGGCCACCGCUAUCUUCUUAGCCACGGGCAUCUUCAUCCUCUGCACGGUGGCCUUGGUGUCCGUCUUCACCAUGUGUGUGCAGAGCAUCAUGAAGAAAAGUAUUUUCAACGUCUGCGGGCUGUUGCAAGGAAUUGCAGGCCUGUUCCUGAUCCUUGGUUUGAUCCUCUACCCUGCGGGCUGGGGCUGCCAGAAGGCGAUAAGCUACUGUGGACACUAUGCAUCGGCCUACAAGCCUGGAGACUGCUCCCUGGGCUGGGCCUUCUACACCGCCAUCGGUGGCACAGUCCUCACCUUCAUCUGCGCCGUCUUCUCCGCGCAAGCAGAGAUUGCAACUUCCAGUGACAAAGUGCAGGAAGAAAUCGAAGAGGGGAAAAACCUUAUCUGCCUCCUUUAGUCUGGAAGAGACGUUAAUGCCAUUUUCUUCCUUGUGUAACCUUGUGAAACAGUCCACCUCUGGUUUUGUCAUCUGAGUCAAGUGAAGAACUAGUCUUUACGUACCAGAGCCACAUUCCACAGCCCCGAGCCUUACCAGGACCCACGAGAGGCAACUUCCAGCUGAGCAUAAGGACUGCACGUGAGGGCCGCAGUGCAAAUGAUAAGGGAUGGAACAUGAAAACAGUACAGAAACCCUGACAUGCGGCUGACAAGCUCUGUCAGACUCCAUCUCCCCCAGGGCCCAAUGAAGGAUAAUGAUCUAAAGCAUUAAAGCAGCAGUUUCUCUGGUAACAGAAGAGACUGUUAGCCAGAUUUGCAGGCUGUUUUGAGAAGCGUUUCUGCCACAAGCUUGCAUACCUGUGAGCAUCUCUGCCUGAGGAUGAGGUUUGGGGGUUGGUGUUUUUGUUUCCGUCUAGUUCUUUCACGUUGUCUCAGUUGGAGACUACAGCGCAGACUACACACCUACUGGGGAUAGGAUGUGUGCUAAAGGGCAGAGCAGGACACUGUCUCUUGCUUAGCUGACAAAGGGGUCGGCAGGGACAGUUGGAAUCCUGUUGUGGAACUUAUUCUAGGCUGAAUUCCAGGGUGAGGUGGAUCAAUCGAACUGUCACUCCAAGAUUUUAGAAAUUUGAGUAAAGAAAGAAUAAGGAUCUGUACAAUCAUGAGAAUAAAAGUACAAAAUUCUGCUAGUGAAGACAAAUUCAUUCCACUUUCCAGCAGCCGGGCCAGCGCCAGUACUGGCCCAGUCUCCUCUUCCCCCGGAGAGCACGUGUUCUUCUCCUAGGGUUAGGAUGGUGCUUUGACUGCCAAAGGAAACCUCACUGUUGCCUCGUUCCAGGGACAGAGGUCUCCAAGCCAGCUGUGGCUCAUUCACAUGUUCCCUGGGAGAACUUGCCAGAAUCUCAGCACUUGCGAGGAGACCUUUUCCCACUGUUUGGUAACCAUGCUGUAGUCAGCUGUAUUUCCAACCCCAGCAGCAGCAGAAUGGCAUUCGUUGCAGAAAAAAAGGAGCUAGUCAUGGGAGUGAAGUUUUUCUAGUUACUGGUGUUGAUCCUGAAAGCAGACUGAAAUAACAUUCAGUUGCUGCCACUGGCGAGUUGCAUCAGAGGCUUCAUUCCCAGGAAAGCAGAGUAGAAAGUUAAUGCAAAAAGAAGAGCUAGACCAAGCUCAUAGCACCUGCCUGCACCUGUCUACAAAAAGAAUUGACUACCACUAUUGAAAAGGAUUCAGGGGCUUUUAAUCUAGUUUCUAUAAGUUACCAAUAUAAUUGAUUCAGGAAUGGUAUUAGCCAACACCUCAAAUUUACUCUGGAAUGAUUUAAGUGGCCAGAAAAAACCUAGUCUCUUAUUACCUUGAGCUUCAGAAUUGCAGAAUGAUAUAGAAACACUCCUUAGCAACUUAAGCAAGUAGAGUGGACCUGCCAGACUUCUGGAAGGAUUGAAAGUAUAGGUCUCUUUGGGUUUAUGAAUCUGCUCACUUGAGGACUGGCUUUGUUUUGAAAAUUUAACAAAUAAUUACUACGCACCUUCUCUGGGCAAGGUAUUGUGUUCUCAGUGCCACCAGGCAUAGAACCCUGAUCCAGAUUUUACAACCUUGCCCUGAGGAAUCAUUUUAAAGCUGUGUGAGUCUAACACCAUGCCUUGGUGCAGAACAAAUAAUUGCUUUAUAUAUAGAUGGACUUGCAUUCCUUCCUGGCCUUUGGCCUAUACCAGAAUCAUCUUAUCUCACGGAUGAAGAGCUAAGGGCAGGAGGAAUAGGAGUGCCAAACUAGGCCUUACUGAGUUCACCGUUCUUAGAGCCAAGUUCAGAAUAAGCAAAAUGUAAAUCCUGUGACUUUUUUUGAAAAGAGAAGGGGUAAAUACGCUCCUCAUAGCAGCCUACAGUAAAGGCUCGGGAAAGAGUAACCCCAUCUGUGACACCACACAGAAACAAGUUCCGGCACCACUGGACAGGGCUCCCGUCCCUGACUGUGCGUUUCUGUGCCCUAACCAAGUCCCCAUGCCACCACAGUAACUACUUUUCAUUAAAAAAAAGCAAUUCCCUUCAUCAGGCAAAUAAUCUUGAUAAAGACAAAUUUUUUUAAAAAACUUAUCGAAAGAUUCACCCUACUUUUUUUUCAGUACGAAAUAGAGAACCCAUUAUCUAACACUAAUUUUACGCUCUCACACUCCUUACAGACGAGUCAUAAGCCAGAGGCUCCUCUGAGCGUAUCCACCUUCUUUGCUGCCCGAUGCUUGCUGGCUAAGGUGGUGGCAUAUCCUAGCUCACCCUGACAACAAAAGUCACCAAGGAGAACAUGACCUCUCAGCCAGAAGAAAGUCACUUGACAGUGUUUACUUCAUUAGUCUGAAUGCUGCAGAAGACAAGAAAAAACACAUGCACACACACAAAACCCCAAACCACUAGAAAUGAUGGAAACACUGAUAUAGUAAGCAGAGCAGAGACCGAGUAAAAGGUAACGGCUUUUAAGCCUUCAGUCCAUUAGCCAGGCUUUGGUUGGGAUGAAUGGAACAUCCAGAAUCCUGCUAGUCUAGACCAAAACUGCACAGCUGUUUAAAAACCACUGAAUAUGAGGAAUGUGUGAGAAAUAUGUUAAAACAAUUAGACUGAUUGUUGACCCACACCUAUUUCUCUAAUAAAUUUCUAUCAAUCACCUAAUCGCCUCAGUCUAAAAAUCUAAUAUACCUGGGCCAUUAUACUACCAGAAAAGUCUUAUUUAUUUUUGCUUGUGUCUGUGCUUAAAGUUUUAUGAUGGGCUGUGAUUCUCAACGAACUCCAAGAAGGCAGAAAUCUUCGCCUUGGAGUCUGUGGAUUCUUUAAACCUGUGUACUAAUUCAGCAAUGUUACAUGAAGUGUGUGAGGGUUUUGUAUAGUUUUCAAACAUCUGUGGUGUAAUGAUCUUUGUUAAACAUGUAUUCUGUAAAGUGCCAUAGUCUUUUUUUAUGUGUAGCAUAUUUAAAAUAUAUAUAUGUAUAUUAUACAUACACAAGUCUGUGUGAAAGAUGUGCAAUAACAAAGGUGUAUGUAUGUUUUGUUUUUAGGAAACUGGACAGGAGUCAGAACAGGGAUUGUUUCUGUUUUGGCAAAGGAGAGUUCAACAUUUUUGCCUUCAUGGCCUCGUCAUUAACCCAUGACAAUUUUAAUGCUACACAAACCUAUGUGAAGAAAAGACUGGUAUGAAAUCAUUUUGUCCUGGGUCUAAAUUAAAAUAAUCACUAGAUUUAUGUGAAAGUCAUGCCAGCAAGCAGGCCCAGUUAAUGCUAGUCUUUCAUGUGAAAUGUGAAGCUGCCAGGCUGUCUUUUCUGUUAGUGUGAUAAUUAGUAGCUGGUACAUAAUCACUAAGGAGCUAUUUCUUAACAUGCUUUGAUAGACCAUGUUAAUGCUAGACCACUAUUUAAGGGCUAAUCUCACACCUUCUUAGCCAUAAGAGUCUGGCUUAGAACAGACUUCUCUGUGCAAUAACGUGGCCACUGGAACCCCUGGCCUGCAUUUGUGUUUGGGCAGCAAUGCCUCCCAAGGGCCAAAAGAGUUCAAGGCGCAACUGGGAUUUCUUCUGAGACUGUGGUGCAGCUCCUUCCAAGGCUGGGGGUCAUUAGGUGCUUUGGAGGAACUCAGCACCACUUGCUAUUCAACAGCCACUUGAGCCAAAUAUAAAAUUUUAUUUACCGCUGAUGGACUCAGUUUGAGCCUUCAAAUUUGUGGUUAUCCUAUUAUAUUGUAAACUAAUACAUUGUUUGUCUAGCAUUGAUUAGGUUUCUGUGCAUAUAUAUGUAUUUUCACAUGUCCUCCCCUCCCCAGAUCUGAAUUAAACCAGACUUUGCAAACUCA